AUGAAGUUCCUGUAUGUGCUCUCACUAGCGCUUCUGGUGAGACUUUCGAGCUGUACUGAGGUAGACACAUCCCUCUUCGAUACUGAGGAGUCCCUUGAGGGUAGUGUCAAGGUUCUCAAACUAAUACCAAAGGAGGGUACCUCUACUAACAAGCUUGCCUAUGGAUCUGACGUAGUUUGGGAAGAUAAGAAGAAAACAUGUCUCUCAGCAGUACUGUACUUUGAUGGAGAGAAGCCUACUCUUGCAGUACUUGUCACCAAAGAAAAUGGUAAAGAAUCAACAGUAUAUAGAUAUCAUGACGGUAAAGAGUGGAAGGAUGGUAAUGAGAGUACACAUAAUACAAAAUUUGGUGAGCUAAAUGAGAAGUGUAAACAUGCCAUUCCUGUUACUUUAGAUCUUUCAAAACCUGAUGAAACAAGGAUAGAUACAACGACAACGCAUAACAAUGGAGUAGAACGCAAGAAACACUCUCCAAAGAACGGUAAUAUAGGAUCCAUUGUUGACAGUAACGUUACCAUAUGGACGGCUGCCGGGGAUCAAAAGUGUAUAGAGGCAAGAUCUUAUACAAAAGAAGGAUCCGUUUUCUUAGUUAUUGAUAUAAGCGAUGGUAAUGGGACUCAUACCAGGAACUUUAAAAAAGUUGCUGGAACAUGGAAAGAUGUUACUGAUGAGAUAAAGAAAGGAAAGGGAAGAGCUGAUAUCUCUGAUUCUUCCUCAAAGACCUCCACCGGAGAGAAGCUAAAACAACCCUAG